GCGGUAACCGCCUACCUGACAGCUGUCGGCGCAGGAUUGGCCGAUUGGGAGGUGGCAACACUGGUGGGUGUGGUAGCCCCCUCGCGCCUCUCCACUUCGGCAAUGGAAGCUGCUGCUGCUUGCUCUUUGCUGCCUCCGCCGUUUCUGGUCUCCAUCCUGCGCAUUCAAAAAGAGGAGGCAAGAGCAGCGCUGCAGCAGCAGCAGAGGCAGGUGGAAGCAGAGGAGGUGGAGACGAGGAAAGCAGAGGCAGCGGUGGGGCAGUUGAAAGAGCGAGUGGCGGCACAGAGGGGGAGGAAGAGGGAGAUUCAGAGAGAGCUGCUGGUGGUGAAGGGCGCUCCAGACAGAGCUGCAGAGGCAGAGGCACGCAAGGGCGCUCUGGAGCAGCAGCUGAGGGCCGCUGCUGUUGCGGCACGUUAG